AUGACAAAGAAUAUUGAUUUUGGAAUCCGCAAAGAGCUAACAAUACCAACCGCGGCUUUCAGAGUCAAUUACGUAGCGAGUAUAGGUCAGAAUAAGUAUUUGUUAACUUCAAAUAAGUCAAUUUCAAUAUAUGAAGGCGAUAAUUGCGUCAUUUCAUUACCAAUCAAAACACAAAUAGCACUAUACAUCGAAAAAUAUGAUGCGUUAAUAUAUGUUCCAAAAGAAAAGAACAGAUUCAUUGUUCAUUUUGUCAAUAAUAUAAAAGACCCUGUUUAUGAAGGGCCUGAAAUAGAUCAUUUAGGGAUAAAUCAUUUAGUUUACUCUCCCAAGUCCGAAACAAUCAUUUCUUUUGGCAUAGGCGUCAGAACUUGGUAUUUUAAAUGUCCAAUAGCAUAUAAUCGACGUAUGAAUCAAAAAAUAGACAUUCAAUUCACACCGCGAGCAUCAUUUUUUGACGAUAGCAUGAAUAAAGACCUUUAUCCUCCUUCAUUUGAUCCAUUGACUGAACAAAUUCUAUUUAAUACUCGACAAGAACUAUUUAUUUACAACUUAGAUGGAAAACUUAUUGAUUGUCCCGUUACUUACAAGACAGAAAACUUCACGAUGUUCAAAAUCAAUCCAUUUAAUUCGAAUUUCAUUACAUGUGACUUAGAACAAGGUCUUAUAUCAUGGUCUAAGUUAGGUACAGUUAUAAAUCAUUAUCCGUUCAACGUCAAAAAAGUCUUUACGAUGUUUUUUGCAAAUGAUGAGUUUGCCUUAAUUAUAGACUCGAAUUACAAGGUAGAUAUCAUUGAUUUAAACACUCAGGAUAUAUUUGCCGGUAUUCAACUUGAAGAAAAACCACAAAGAUUCUAUUUUCUCCAAUCUGAAAUUCCAAUUUUUGUUUCAAUUGGCACAAAAACGUAUUUCUACAAGGUAUCAACAUUCUGGAAGCAAUGGACAUCACUUACAACAACAGUUCUCAAGAUGACUCGUUGUCCAUCCACAGAAAAAUCCGCGAGAUUGUUGUUUUUGCUCUCAAAUUCAACUUUCGCGUUUCUAAGUCCGAAAUCAUCAAAUAAAGUUGGGGUCUGCCUCUCACAGAACACCUCUUUUCCACUGGAUUUCUAUGUACAAAGAAGUGACAUGAAAAACAAAGAUAGAGAUCUCCUCAAAUUGAUACAAAAUGAUGGAACUUUUGAAAUAUUUCAGAUGAACGAUAUCCCCUUCAAUUCUAUCAAAAGUUUGAAAUUGAAUGCAACCACUUUUUGCCAUACAAAAUUGAGAGAAAAGGAAAUUUUGAUUGUUGGCACAACAUUUGGAAAAAUUUUGAUUUUGGAAGAUAAUGAUGAAUUGAAUGAAUUACAAAAAGUGACAACCGUUCAAGAACCACCACUCAAAAUUUUAGUUCACGAGAAAACAAUGUCUCUGUUUGUCUGUUAUUUGAGAUCAAUAAUGGUUUACAAUCUCUCAAAUUUAACCUUAAAAUAUCAAAUCAAGCAAGGUCAUUGUGAAAUGAGAGAAAUUUUCUGGGAUUAUCUGAUAAAUGGCCAUGAUGAUGGAAGAAUUGAAAUUUUCACAAUACAAGAUGAUAAAAUUGUAACUGCUUUUGAAGAAAACCGUCCAAUUCAUGAUGGAAAAAUAACCGUUUUGACAAAAGGUUCUGAAUUCUUUUUGACAGCAGCGGUUAACGGUUCUGUCAUUGUUUGGACAAAGAACUUAGAAAUAUUAGCUGAAUUAAAGUUCCCUCUUCAGAUAUAUUCGAGUUGUUUCUUGAAUGGAACAAGAUCAAUUUUAUUUGGUCUGGAAAAAAGUGUCAUGAUUUUAGAUGGCUCGAUAAUUUUCGACAAAGAAGUUGAUGAGGAAGAUUUCAUUUGGGAUAACUUCGAUAGAAGAAUUGAUCAGUUCGAAUUGAACACUUAUCAGUUCACAAAGAAAAAUGAAAUUUCUUCUUCGCCAUCACUUCAUCUUUCAGAGAAAAAAGUCGAAGAAGAAGAGAAAGAAUUUGAUUUUGUUAGAAGAAAGAGAAGAAACUCGAAACUAAUCAUUAAAUGCUUGAGCGUCACUGCUUUCGAUAAAGUCGAAAUAACUCCGGAUCCCACAAAAACUGAAGAAGAAAAAGAAGAUCAAAAACUGACAGAAGACGAUAAAAAUAAACUUCUUCAAGAUAUGAUAAAUAUUGAUAACAACGAAAAGAAAGUUGUUCAAAAAAUUGAACCUCCAAAACCUCAAAUAAUCGAGAAACAUGAAGAGGAAGAAGAUGAUUACAUAGAAGAAUACGAAGAAGAUGUUUACGAACAACCAAAAAUUGUUUUGGAAGAAAAAAGUGAAGUGAUCGUUGAAGAAAAAAGUGACAAAAAUGAAGAAGAAGAAAUUGAUGAAAACAUUAAUUUGUUUGAUGACGAAGAAGAGGAAGCAAUUGUUAAGCAAAAGAAAGAAAAGAAGAAUAUUAAUUACGAAUUACCAAAGAUGAUAAAAGUUGAAGAAGAAAAGAAAAUUGAAAAAGAAAUUGACGAAGAAAAAGUCUUCAAGAAAACAAAAGAAAAUGCUAAAAAGGCUAAAAAUACAAUAGUUCAAACGCCGGUUAAAUCACCGUCACAACCGAAACCGCCAAAACCGCCGAAAGAACCGAAAGUUAUGGUAAUUGAUUCUCCUUUGUUUAAAGAAAAGAACCAGAAGAAUAAAUCAAAAUUGGACACUAAAAAGAAAUCAAAAAGUAAAGUUCAAAAAACUCAUGAAAAUAAAAUUGAAGAAAGUGAAGUGAAGUUAAAUAAAAGUGACAAUAAAAAGAUAAAUUCUGACAAUGAAAUUAACAAAGAAAAUGAAGAAAAUAACAAGAUUGAAGAAGAAGUUUUUGAAGAAGAAAAAGUUAAUGAAAAUUCUGAAAAUGAAAAAGAGAAAAUUGAAGAAAACUCUGAAGAAAUUUCUUCUAAAAUUGAAGAAAAUUCUAAUGAAAAUUCUCAUCAAAAAAAUUUAGAAAAAAUUGACCAAAGCUCUGAAGAAAAAGUUGAUGAAAAAAUCGAAAAAGAAAAUGAACAAAAAGAACAGAAACAAAAUCAACAAAAUCAAUUAAAAGAUAAAAAGAAAAGUAAAUCAAAUGAAGUCAAAAAUGAAACAAAAAUUUCAAGUAAAAAAUCUCAAAAAACAGAAGAGAAAAGUCAGAAAAAUCCAAAUGAAAACAAAAAUCAAAAACUUCAAGAAGAGAAAACUAAACCAAAUGAAAGUAAAAUUUCACCAAAUAAAAGUAAAGACAAAAUUUCUUUGUUGGGAUCAAAACCAAUGAUAAAACAGCCAAAUUUUCCGAAUAAAAACAAAAUUAAACCAACAGAGAUAAGAAACAGAAGAAAUUCAAUGGAUUCGGAAUCACAACAUUCUCAAAAAGAAAAUUCUCCUUCUCUUUUGGUUUCUGAAGAAAAAAUUCCUGAAAUUAAAGAAAAUCAAAAUGAAAUUCAGACUUUUGUGGAACAAAAAGAAGAAAAUGUUAAUCAAAGCAUAGAAACAAAUAAUGUAAAUGAUGAAAUUCCUCAAAAUGAAGAAAAAAUCAGUGAAAUUUCUAAAAUUUCAUCAGAUAUCCAAGAAAAUUCAGAAAAUUCUACUGAAAAAGUAGAAAAUAAUGAAGAAUUAAACCAAAACAUCCAAGAAAAUCAACAAAUUCCCACAAAAUCUGAUGAAUUAAACCAAAAUGAAACGAAAAUUUCCAAAAAUGAAGAAGAAGAACAAAACAAAGAGAAAGAUUAUCAUAAAACCAAAAGAACAAAUUCUCCUCUUGGAAAUCUUCAACCAAAAACAAUUCUUCCAAGUCAACAUUUGUAUGGAUCAAAAAGACAACAAAUUCAAGUUCAAUCUCCACCAGAACCAAAACAUUCAAAUUCUCCGCGAAUUAACUAUGUCAUUAUGGAUUUAGGUGGAUUUGGAAUAUCGCAAGCGAAGUCUACUCAUGAUUUAGUUCCAAAAGACAUGAUUCUUCCUAAAAUAAGAUUUGGAAAGAAAACAUUUGAUUAUUACGAUUCUCCACUUGUUUCUCCUCCAGUUCGAAGACCUCCUUUGAUUGUUGGACAGAGAAACUCUUUCCAAAGAAAAAUUCUGUCUCCAAGGCCAAUCAAACAGCAGAAUGUUCGAAAUCAGAUGAUUUAUCAUCAUAACAAACCUUUGUAA